AUGGCUGCCUCUGUUAAUAAUAUUGCAGCUACAUUUGCCUCCGCCCAAAUCACAUCAUCGUCUUCUUCGUCUUCGUCUUCAUCGCAGUCGCCGUCGUUGAACCAAACAAGUUUUCCUCUAACGGUCUCACAUAAAUCCAUCUUUACUGAAUGGAACCCCCACACCACCCUCCCCAAGUCCCGGAGGUCCUCCCUCCUCAACCUCUAUGGCCCGCCAGGCCCGCCGCCGCUCCGAUCAAUCCCCACCGUGCAUCCCCGCCGUCACAUCACCAGACAGCACAAGCCGAUCUCGAUCCCCUUGGGCGAGAAAUUGCCGAACGCAACCCUUUCUUAUCUCAACCGAAACGGCGCCGUCCAGACCGUCACUCUGUCAAGCGUAUGCAAGGGAAAGAGAGUGGUAUUGGUUGGCGUUCCGGCCGCGUUUUCUCCCACUUGUGCUCGUUUCGUCAAACGGGUGGAAUCGGCGAAAUCGAUGUGUUCGGAUUUGAUAGCGUGCGUGGCCGUCAAUGACGUGUUUGUGAUGAGGGCGUGGGGCGAGAAUCUGGCCGUUGGUGAGAAUGUGAUGAUGUUAUCGGACGGCUGUGGGGAGUUGUCCAGGGCGCUAGGUGUGUCUCUGGAUAUGAGUGGCCGGGCUUGUUUGGGGUUUGGUGUGCGGUCCAGGACGUAUUGCUUGUCUUCUUUGAACGGCGUGAUUACGAACGUCAACUUUGACGACGAAGAAGAAGAUUUCAUUUCUGCCAAAUGA